AUGAUGAUGAGGAGCACUGGAGCCUCCUGCCCGCCGUUGCCGCCGCUCCAACGCGCACAGAGACGCGACAUGGCUGUCUCUAAGGACGGAAGGUCUGCGAAUGAAGAUGCAGCAUGUGGCAAUCUGUUUCUCAUCUGUGGGCCAGCCCGACAGACAGAGGAUGAAGGGAAUGACGACUGGCGAUGGCUCAUUUAUAAUCCAGCUACAGAAAAAUCCACUGAAGUUUUUAGCACAACAAAACGUGUGAAUGCGUCCGUGGUUGCCAUAAAUGGUAAGUUGCUUUGCUAUCUAGGAUACAGUCACCCGUACUGUUCUCUAUUUUAUUGGCUCAGUGACGCUCCUGAGCAACGUCCUAUUUAAUGCUGCUCGUCGUGUCUCGUGCGUAGAAACAAAUGCACGCACGUGCAGUGUGGGGCAGAUCUCAUGAAAUGUUGGCCGAAAUUCUGAAACGAGUGUUCGAUUUGGAAGGCGGAGUUGUAAUACUGAUAAGCAUGCAGCAUAAUCCUAUAGUAUUUCCUACUCGCCAAGAUGUUGGCUUUUGAAUGCACUUAUUUUCGACCUCCUACAGCAACCACACUCAGUAAAAGUGGCUACUGAAGUAGCACGCAUUUUUCACAUUAAUUUUCAAUGGUCUCAUAAAUUAAAAUAUAUUUCAUAGAAAAUAUGCAAAAAUAUGCGUUCUUUUACUUUUUGGUAGAAAAUGACAUUGUAUUAACAUUUUAUUUCCUAAAAAAACUGUAUGCAUAGGUUUAGGAAAAGUUUCCUAUUAUGAGCGUUUUAAGACCGUGCAAUGUCCCUACAUACAACAUCGCACACGUCCGUUUAUCAAUACUUCUUAUGAAAUGUACAACAUAGUCCGCAUCCAUUGCAAAAUUUUAUGAUAUUUAUAUAGUGUUUUCUUAAAAGCAUGAAGGAAUAUGUGAUUUUCCUUACGCAGAAAUCAUACAAUUUGCAGGCUGAAAUCGCUAAAUGCCAAUGCAACGGCUGAUCAGGCUCGAAAUUAUUCGGGAAUUAUGAAAAUUUUUCAAAACCUAAAUAUACAUUAUCUUCGGAUAUAAAAUGUUAAGACAAUGCGAUUCUCUACCAAAAAAGUAUAAGAAAGCAUAUUUUUGUGCAUGUUUUCUCUGAAAUAUAUUUGAAUUUAUAAGACUGUCGAAAAUCAAUGUGAGAAAUGCAUGCUACUUCAGUUGCCAUUUUUUACCGAGUGUGGUUUCUGCAGGAGGUCGGAAAUAAGUGCAUUUUAAAGCCAACAUCUUGACGAGUACAGAAUACUACAGGAUCAUGCUGCAUGCUAAUCAGUAGUAUAACUCCACCUAAGUAAUCCUCCCAAAUAAAACACGCAUUUCAGAAUUUCGGCCAACAUUCCAUGAGAUCGGGUACGCACUGUAUAUAUGAACACCAACCACUGUCCGUUUGUGUCGGAGAGUCCAGUGCAUGUGUGAAUACACACUCGGCCCGCAGCGGCGGAGAAUGCACUAAUGAAUCUCCGUUGGAGGAAGUACUUACGAUUCCCCUAAGAGGCACUGUGUGUGGAGUGCACGCGCAAUGUGCGUGCGUAGUUUUUUGCUCCUAGUCACAGGCGGUCUGGGCUAUGAUUGGCUACAAGGACCAUCCCGACUGACAUCUGUGAAGAACAGGCACUCGCAUUCUGAUUGGCCCACGAUGACAGCCUUCUAUAGUAUUAGGACUACUCGCUGCUGACGCUGGUGGACCGCUUGGCAGGCGACACCUCAGCUCCGAAGCGUGCCUUCAACGCCUGAAUGACAGUUUUGAGGACAGACAUUCUUGUUGAGUUGUCCCUCAAAUAUCAGGGUGACCCUGUAGAUCGGUAAAAUGCAUUUUUGCGAGACCUAUUCGUCAAGGUUCUGGAAAUCAGGGUCGGGUAGCUCACCUUCCAUGGUCUUGGCAUUGUCUUGCCACUGGAGCCAGGCGGGCGAAGAAAUGAAGAGGCCGGUAAAUGUUGCGAAAGUCUCCCUCGCCAUAAACUUAUUCAUGAACAGGUCACCGCUGCUACAACCACUCUGUGGAGACGCGAUGGACAUCAUUGCUUCUGACGGCCGAACUGUUCGGUGUAAAAGCAUUUUUUGCCACCAACAGAUCUCUCGACGGAGGUAACGAGAACUUGCUUUGAUUCAUAUCUAUCUGUAGGUGCCGCCUACCCGUAGACGCAUUUAUGGGUGAGCAUAAAUCGCUCGCUUAUAGGGGAUGCAGUACUGGUUUUGGAAAACACUGCUUCGAUAAGUUUCACCGCCGCAUAAGGUCUUAUGGAUUGAAUUAUUAACAAUUUAAGCUGUGCUUCACCAAACUGCGCGCAAUUCUGAAUGUGGACCCCAGAACCGAGGAGAAGACUAGCGUUUCCGGCAGUCAAUCUGUCUUCCCUUUGUUCAUUGGGGGACCUUCCUUGGCACAUAUCUUUCCGUCGUUUUUUUGCUUUCAUGUGUCACCACCAAUAGGAACAUCUUUCGAGAUACCAGAAAAUAAAUACAACAUUAAGGCAGUCAAGUUUCGUACUUUACUCGAGGUUCACUACUUGGUAUGACCUCCAUUUGCUGCGUUUAUUGUUAAAAAACUGCGAGUAUGCCUUCAGAUGGCUUCCGGAUCGACAUCUGAAGUUGCGGUUUCGAAAUUAAUGUCAGUGCACUGGCGAGGAACUGUGUUGCUUAAGCUUGCGAUCCGUGACACUACAUAGGAGUUCAGCAGAGCCAAAAUGGAAUGGUCUAAAGGCCGCAAAUGCUAAUGGAUACCGGACACUACUUUUACAUUUGAAUUACUUACUAUCGAUUAGACGGAGUUUCAUUAGCAUGGAAAAUGUCAAAAUGGUAGACCGAAAAGCCGCACACCAGCCAGAUAACUCAGAGACUUCAUAAAAAAUAGUUAUGCAAGAAUCAAUGUAUCUACAUCCAUAGCUUAAUUUGUUUUUUUAUGAACUCUACUGUUUUUGCUUUGGAGAUGCAAAUGGUGCAUUCGAUUUUUUUCUGUCUACGCGGUUAUCAUUUUACCGUCAUACUCAGUUUUUACUCUCGUUUGUGCCGUCCGAUUUUCUCCCGGACUUAAAAUAAAGUCCUGUUCCGCCCUGUUCCCUAAACCAGUUUGUUAAGUAAUGAGCAGUCAAAGGUUAGAACGUUUACUUCCGAACUGUUACACUCCCCAUUGUCACAAGCGCUUUAUUAAACCAAACUUUUGUCUGUGUAGUCUUCAGAUAUUUCUUGUUCCCAUUUUUACUCACUUGUUAUACCAGCAUUUUGAAUCUGGGCUACUUUAAGAAAUUCGUCCGCAAAUAUUUAUUGAGGAUUGAUUGGCAAUUCCAUAAUGAACCGUCUCUGGAUAAGGCAAAUAAAGAUGGUAAUGCUAUCAGAGACCUUUUCCAGGGACCACCUCCAGGGGCAUCCGACAGCCUAGGUUUCCUAUGUUAAUGAGGAUGGUAGCGACCGAGGUCUGUCAAUCUACCUCAGCCCCAAGGUUGGCAGGUGGGUAAGUCAAAUUCCUAUGGAACAUUCAGAAUGUGUGGUCAGGAUCAAGAUUUUUGAUCAUGUGCAUUUGACUCUGACACUGGCAUUAGCGGCUCGCACAUGUUUUCUCCCCUUCCUACAUCACCAUUUUUGCUUAUUGAUAGGUCUUGUCUAUGUGCUCGGAGGUCGUAUAAGCGGAAUAGAGACGGCUAUCGUAGAGGAGCUCAGUGUAAACUCUCGGCGCAUCCGAAAUAUGAGUCCAAUGUCCUUUACCCGAUCCAACCACGGUUCCACAGUCGCCAGUGGCACAAUUGUUGUCUGUGGAGGCUACAGUUCAGGGUCCGUCCUGUGCAGCUGUGAACUUUUCCUUCCUCUACGCAACACGUAAGUAGUCACUAGUUUAGGAUGCAUCAAUAUGACAUCUUAACUUUCCUCGAUUCCCGAGAAAACAAGCAAAGACUGCAUUUUUCGCAUCUUUUUGCAACCUACUGACGAGGUCGAUGUGUUUUUGAAGCAGCCUUUUAGGCUGAUUCUUUCCUUAACGUUCCCCUAUUUAUUUCCCCGUCGUUAAAGGAAUUUUCUUGAGCAUCCAACCCACUAACCCAGAGCGAAGCCCGACUGAAACUACACUCUCUGGAUUCACCUCUGGUUCUGACCUCAAAAAAUGAAAAUAAGACAACUGACACGCAAGGAGUAGACACCAUACAAAAAGGGCGUAAGAUGGUAGUCGAGUGGGGUGGGGCAGUGUUUCAUGCGAGACGUUCAACCUUUUCGUUUUCUGGAGGCGGGUUACCGUGGUAGUCCAUAAGGAAGAAAAAACAGCAAAAAACCCGAACUCCCGUCUCUGUUUGAUAUGAAUAAUCCUUUCUUCUGUUUACUCAACAUUCUUUAUGCAUCCUACAGGUUAUUUAAGAUUUUGUAAUUACCGCUUGUUUACUUUUUCCCACUGGACCAGCAAAGUGAUGUUUUCUUCCAUCACAAGUGUUCAAAACUCUUUGCUAAACAUAUCGGUAACCGUUCAGCCAGGCGGGAGUUUCCGGACCGUUUGGUACCACCAGACUGUUCUUUCCGAAUCAGGAACCGUAACCAAUCACUCAAGGUUUCAAACACGGGGUGAAGACGAUCACUAGAAAUUUCAUUAGUAUAAUCUCAACAGGGCGUGGCGUUCGCAAAUGAGCCAUCUUUAUGUGCCACCGGACAGUUGUUACGAGCGCUCGGGAUAUGUCUUUUAUCCUUUGGCUUUGGUCAUGUUGUUGCGCCGAACCCAUCAUUCAGUCUCUUCCUGACAAUACAUCAUGUGAUUAUGAGUAGAUCGGUAAGCUUAGUUGAAUAUUCCUUUCCCUUACAACGAAAAGUGGCCCUGGAAAAUCGGUUUAUAUAAGCGGAUGAUGGUCCUUUCUAGAUUUUGCAGUACAAGUUCUGAAUAUUGUCUGGAGACGCUAGAGCGCUUGGGAGUUCCCUCAACCCAUUCGCAUCCUUCACAUUGGAAGACUUUACCAGGGUGAAGCUGUUGGUUGAUUAUUGAACGCCUGGCGCAUUGGGGGAGCCUGAAUCUCACCAAACUCAAAAUAGCCCUAAUAGGCGGUGGGCGGUUUAGCAGCUUAAUAACAUGACCCAUCUGAAUAGUGUCCCAGGAAAGUUUAGCAGGACUAACCAACCACAAAUCUUCACACCCAACGCAAGCUACCAGUCAGUCCAGUACUGGCAUGUUCGCUUGUUCUCACAUGCUUGUCCACUCGCGUUUGCCCUGCUUCUAGUGGCCCAAUGCCCACGGGCAUCCCGGACGUCCGCCGCUGGCUGACAGAGUUCCGCAGCCACUGUAUCUGAUGAAGUCUCCCCAGAGGUGACCGUAAUCGCCUACCAGGUACAAGACUCCGCUAGAGUUGGGACGUUUUCGCAUGCAAGUCAACUACCCUGACCGCGAAAAGCUUGUGUCGAUUAGAGCAUAGGCUACCGCUGCUCUUCACGCAGUUGGGUCAGAUCGGUUAACUUAGAGCGGCCACCCAUCAUCACAAUGUCUGGCAUCUUUGUUUAGCGUAGUGCUAAAUCGAGAUUAUUCCCCUUCCCUGUGAUCGCUUCUAGAUGAGCUGACCUGCCAGCCUGACCGCUUGCAAUGAACACACACACUCACAGGCUGAAAAUUCUUAUUCCAAAUCUUCUGUAUCUAAUUGUGAUGGGAUUCGUAACACGCAGCACGUGCGAUCAGCAUCCGUUAAGUUAAUCUUCCUUGGUUGCGUCGACAGGAUUUUACUUCUAGUCCGAUGUUAUUAAGAAUGCGGUUUUGUGUAUGCAUCGGAAAAACGUUCAUCGGAACAGGUCUGCAUGAGGCAGGCUGUGCUACCCAGAAAUUCUAUUUGUUCGGUGUCAGAGAACAACAAGUCGUUGAUGGAGCCCCUCCAUGUAAGACAGGAGUACUUAACAGACAUCACGCCUGACGCCCAGUUUGCCGGUGCCAAGAUCGGCCGCGGAUUAUUUUUAAUCCUCUGCUUGACUCAUUUAACCUUGUUGGAUUACAAUGUCACCAAUACGUCUACGUCAGUGGCGGGUAUUUUUGCUUGAUAAUAGUCAAAUAUGACCCUUGACAGCAUGGAAAGCGGUUACGGAGCAGCAUAAGCAGCGGACGUCUCGGCAUGAUGAUCAAGUAAGAGGGGGGCAAUAAAGCCACGCAUAAUAUGGUGAUCAGCCGAUCUAUGAGGUUCCAAAAUGAGCUGCGUGCGUUGCCAUUGGAACCUAGGGUUCGACUCCGGUAUCGUAUGUCCCAUCCUGUCGUUUCGGACAUGCUUUUCUAGGAUGGCUAUGACCUCGGCAAUUGAACCACAAGGGGUAGACGAAAAAUGGAUUUCCGUAGAGGACGGAAAAUUCAGUUGCACCGCUUGCCGACGGAACCUUGGGUCGUUCUGGCAAAUGUCUCCAUGUCAUGUAAAGGUAAAAAUCGAACCACAGUUACUUUUUUACUCCUCAGGUAAAGAAUGUGCCUUCAGGCUUUAGGAUGGCUCUGAUCAGUUUACUUCAGUUUAUUAAAGGAAAAGUAAGCGAACGCCUUUGAAAUCCCUAUUGGGUGCAAUGCGGGUGUAGCGCCGACGGCAGUGUCCUACUUACCGAGAAGGCACAAAUGCUACAGUGAUGGACCGAGCACUUCAAAAGCUUCCUCAACCGCCCCUCCACCAUCACCGACGCCGCCAUCGCCCGUCUGCCGCAAGUGGAGACCAACGCCGACCUCACACUCCCCGCCAUCUCUCCACGAAACCAUCAGGGCCGUGCGGCAGCUAUCCAGCGGGAAAUCGUCCGGAUCGGACGCGAUCUCUGCUGAGAUCUGCAAGCAUGGUGACCCCCAACUCAUGGAUCAUCUGACGGUGGUCGUCCAGGAGAUGUGGCGUCAAGGAGAAGUCCAGCAGGACUUCAAAGACGCCACAAUCGUGCAUCUUUACAAGCGGAAAGGAAACCGCCAAAUCUGCGACAACCAGCGAGGCAUCUCCUCACUGAAGAUCGCCGUGAAAAUCCUCGCUCGCACCCUUCCCAACCGUAUGAAAAACCACCUAGAACGGGGUCUCUUGUAG